AUGACCACGACUGCCGCCUUUGUCUCGCCGCCAACGGACGUCAUCUUCGAGAUCCUCAGCUGGCUGCCGGCCAAGUCCCUGCGCCGAUGCCGGUGCGUGUCGAAGAAGUGGCGCGACCUCAUCUCCGACCCGGCCUUCGUCGCCGCGCAUAGAUCCCGCGCCAAACCGGAACCGCUUCUGGUCGCCAUGACCCACAACUCCCACGCUGGGUAUAAGCUGCAGCUGAUGGACACGGAGGGCACUGUCGUGAGGGUGGUGAGCUUAGCUGGGCAAUCGACGUUCCGCGCCAGCCACGACGGUCUUGUCUGCAUCACCUUGGGCUACAACAACUCCCGCACCCAGAUCGAGAUCGUGGACCUAGCCACAGAGGUGAGGCUCAUGAAUUUACUGAAACCGGCUGUGGGGGAAUACUACACAUACUACACAUGCAUAGGCUUUGGACGCACCGCCCAAUCCGGUGCAUACAAGGUCCUCCUCCUCGGUACCCGUACUACCAAGACACAAACUUGGGAGGUCCUCACUGUAGGAGACAGCGCCGAGUGGAGGCAGACACAACCGUGCCCAAUGAUGGUCCGUCUUCAUUAUGAUUCGAGUUCCGGUGUUACGGUUAAUGGCGCCUCGCACUUCUUGUCCCAUGAUGAGAACUAUGUGCUCCACUUUGACCUCGAGAGCGAGGAAUGGAAGGUGAUCCAUGGACCACAAGGAGCCAUCAGGGACCAGAACACCAGAAGCAUAGCCGAGCUCAACGCCACCUUGUGCAUGGCUCAAAUAUUGUCGCCUGUUAUAAUCAAUGUAUGGCUCUUGACUGACUCCAACAAGAACAAUUGGGUCAAAACAUACACGAUACCAACGGAUUGGAAAGUCGUCAAUUAUGUGGUGCCUUUGAGAGAGCUACAUCUCGGCGAGCUGCUCUUCUACUACUAUGGUAACAGUUCAAAGCCAAAUCUGCAAGUAUAUGAUCCUGUUUCGGGGAGAUGCACAGAUGUGAAGACACCGACCAAUAUCGUCGGCAAAAUCGGCCUAUGCAGUUCGAACUUGAAUCCUAGCUAUAGUAUGGGCAGUCUUGCUGAAUCUCCUUAA